GCUCUUGUCAAAUUGAAAUGGAAAUUUUCAAUCUGAUCAUGAUAAUUUUUGUAUGCUUGCUUUCCACCAAUGCUUUUUAUAUUUUGACGAAUAAGUUCAGUUUGAAAAAUUAUACCUUGGCGAGAACAAAAAUUGAUGCAUUUUUUUCUAACGCAUUCGAACAGAAAGCCGAAGGUUCUUUUAUUGUGAGAAUUUCUGAUGAGGCUCAUAAAGUAUUUGUGAAUGCCAAAAGGAUACCACACUUAUAUACGAAUCGGUCUGAAAUCAUUUUUCUCAAUGGAAAUACAACAACGAACAAAAAAUUAUCGAAUUACCAUUGGAGCACUGUCGAGGGUUUUGUUGAAAGGCAUUCAAAUAAUAGUGGUGUAAAUGGAUAUGUGAAGCAUGGAAAAUUUUAUGGUACUAUCAUUAUAAAUGAAAAACUUUAUUAUGUUGAAGAUAAAGAAAGGUUUCCGACAUUAUUAAGUUCUCGUCGGAACAACGAUGAGUUCAAUGCAAUAAUUUACGAUGAGGGUUCUAUACUGAAUGAAAAUGAAAGAAGUUCAUUUGAAAGGAUUCCUCGUCGUUCACAUUAUCAAAAAAUGCCAAUGAGUGAAGCAGCAUCGAAAAUCAUCUAUAAAGAAUUCACUGCACAGAGGCACAUUUGUCCACUACUAAUCAUACUAGAUAAUUCUUUCUUGAAGAAGAUACAUAAAAGUGACAUGAUAGCUGCUGUAGCUCAAGUUAUGCUUUCAAUCAAUGAGGUCAAUUCUGUGUUUCGAAGCACCGAUUUCGAUGGUGAUGGUACUCCCGAUAAUAUUGGAUUCAUCAUCAAGUAUUUAGUGAUCAUUGAAAAUGAGGACAGUCCUUUCAAUUACAUUCCAAUGUAUACAGAUCAACCAGUCAGCCCGAGAUUUUAUUUGGCACAUUUUGCUCAGUAUUUAAUUUUGAGAGAAGUGUGUCUUGGUAUACUUUUCACAGCUCAGCCUUUCCAGGAAAAUGUUCUCGGUGUGAGUUAUAGCGCGAUAUCGGAAACUGAUAUCUCCAAUGAUAUAAUUGGAGGUAUUUGCCAGAGACCCUUUACUAGUUAUAUGUUAUCUUUGAACGCAGUAGCUGUGAGUUAUAUUUCUACACAGGGACUUCAACUUCCCCAAGCGACAUUAGAUACUUGCUUGAUACACGAAUUGGGGCAUGCAUUUGGAUGCCGUCACGACAGGAAGUCAGAUCCAGGUUAUAGUGAAGAAUAUAUAAUGUCAUCGCACACUUUACCAGGAACUAGUGCUAAGAAUUUUCAGUUUUCUCCUAUGAGUAAAAAACAUCUAGUUAUGACUGUUCCAAAAAAAGGUCACUGCUUGUUGAAAUCAAUUGAACCCUUCUGCGGAAAUGGUAUCACCGAGAAGGGAGAGGAAUGCGAUUGUGGUGCGAAAUAUUUAUGUCAGUCAACGGACCCAUGUUGCAUUCCAAGUGGCAUGAAUGGUGGUUGUAACAUAAAUAGAGCAGCUGGUCAUGAAUGUCACCCAUCUCAAGGUUUCUGUUGUACAUCUGGCUGCAAAUAUGAAAAUUUAAAAAAAAUUGGUGUGGACUGCCAGCUGAUUAAUAGAACAUGUCCUUGUGACGAUGGAAAUUGUGAAUGUGGUAUCGGAGGAAGAUGCUUAGGCGAAGAGUGUCAGAGUGAAGAAUGUGUAAGAAUUGACGCUGAAGAAUGCGACUGUCCACCAUCAUUGAUACAAGACUCUUGUCAUAUUUGCUGUUUAGUGAAUUCGGAAGGUUCUUGCAUAUCAUCGCGAAAUUUGACCCGAAGAAAACUUGAACUUGGUCUCAUAACCAUCAAACAGUUGGAAAUAUUCAACGCUGUCAGAACUUUGCCCAAUGCUACUGAGUUCGAGAAGUUUUGUCACAGUAUAGAUUGCAUCACUUUAGCAUUCAAGAAGUCAAGAUUAGGAGAUUAUUGCUUGAAAAAUGGAAAACUCGGUAAGUGUGGAAUAUUCGGUUGCAGUUUGGAAAGUUCGAAAUCCUUCGAGGUGGAAAAAAAAGCUAGAAAUGUAGAAAUAAUGAGAUCUUCAGCUCCAUAUUUUUGUCAGACUCCAUUGAUUGCAUGUAAUAUUUAUUUUUUGAUUUCAAUAAAAUUUUCAUUUUAGUA